AUGCAACUGUGUCACAAUUGCAUCAUUGUUGAUCUUUCUUGCAGAUCGCCUGCUGCAUUUGUAGUCAUCCAAUGCUGUGGUUGUAGGCUUGUGCUUUUCGGCUGGGCGCAGACACUUGUUCAAUCCAAAUCGAUCGCGGCGGCAUCGCUGCACCGACCUUUGCCACGGCAUUGGCAUCUGUACAUUUGGCCAUUUGCCAGCGUUCUUUAUCCAGUGUGGACCUAUGUCUACUUGUUCCAAUACGACGUCUAUAUCGGAUCCCAAGAAUGGACUUUUGUUAGUCUUGGCAGCAUUUUGACCCUACACGCCUUGACCUUCUUGGUUUGCCAGUGGAGUGUCUCUAUCAAGGCACUAUUUACUUGCGUCAAGGAGAAAGAUAUCAACAAGGCUACGAUUAUCAAGAUUGUCCCGUUUCGACAUCAAGGAAUUGGUACUUUAUGUGAGAUCAAGCAUACAGAGGCCGAUAUUUGCUUUUACUUUCAACAAAACAAGUACAUCUGGAAUCCAGACAAGAAGCACUUUCAAAAGCUGGUGUAUCCAUCCGAUCUCAAUCCACCUGUUUCGACAUAUCAAUCUCCCAAGGGUUUGACAACCAAAGCUGAAGUCGACAAUGUACGACAAGUAUAUGGCCCCAAUCGAUUCGAGAUUCCUAUGCCUACCUUCGUCGACCUCUUCAAAGAGCAUGCAGUUGCCCCAUUCUUUGUGUUCCAAAUCUUUUGUGUCGGCUUGUGGUGUUUGGAUGAGUACUGGUACUAUUCGCUUUUCACUCUGGUCAUGCUGGUGGUCUUUGAAGCAACAGUGGUCUUCCAACGACUCAAGACGAUUGGUGAAUUCCGUGCCAUGAACCAAAAGCCUUUUACGGUUUACGUGAAGCGUGAAAAGAAGUGGAUCCAGAUUGAGAGCGACGAGCUUCUUCCUGGUGACUUGGUGUCUAUCACACGUACAAAGGAAGAUUUCGCUGUUCCAUGUGAUCUCGUUAUUGCUGAAGGUUCAUGCAUUGUCAACGAAGCUAUGCUUUCCGGUGAAUCAACACCUCUGUUGAAGGAAUCGAUUGCUUUGAGAAAUCCCAAUGACAGCUUCGAUCUCGUCAAUGUCGACAAGUUGAAUGUGCUUUAUGGCGGUACCAAGGUGCUUCAAGUCACUCCCCCUGAGAAUGGAUCUGCUCCUGAUGGUGGUUGUUUGUGUGUUGUUGCUCGUACUGGUUUUGGUACAUCUCAAGGCAACCUUGUUCGCACAAUGAUCUUCUCUACUGAACGCGUCACUGCCAACAACGUCGAAGCUUUGCUUUUCAUCUUGUUCUUGUGUGUAUUCGCCAUUGCCGCUUCUUACUAUGUUUGGACAAAGGGCGUUGAGAAUGGACGAAAGCGAUCGAAGCUGCUUCUGGAUUGUAUUCUUAUUAUCACGUCCGUUGUUCCCCCUGAAUUGCCAAUGGAACUCAGCAUGGCUGUCAAUAGUAGCUUGGUGGCUCUAUCAAAGUUUGCUAUCUUUUGUACCGAGCCUUUCCGCAUCCCAUUUGCAGGAAGAGUGGAUGUCUGCUGCUUCGACAAGACUGGCACAUUGACAGGUGAAGAUCUCGUGUUUGAAGGUGUUGCAAUGGCAGAUGCCAAGAUGCCUAGCAAUCAAUUGGAGCCUGCUACUGUUGUGCCCAAGGAAACCAAGUGGGUACUCGCAUCAGCCCAUGCACUCGUUCAACUAGAGGAUGGCAUUGUUGGUGAUCCCAUGGAAAAGGAAACACUCAAAGCCUUGCAAUGGGAGCUUGGAUCACAUGAAAUUGUUGCACCCAGAGAAGAGAAGAAGAGAGAAAACCUUCAAAUUCGUCGUCGUUUCCAAUUUUCUUCGGCUCUCAAGCGUCAAUCAUCUGUUUCAAUCCUCGUUCAUCCCGAAUUUGGUCGCCAUAAGACUUUUGUUGCUACUAAGGGUGCACCAGAGACACUCCGUGAGAUGUACAGCAACGUUCCUGAAGGCUAUGAUGAUACGUAUCAAUACUUUACCCGCAAAGGAAGCCGUGUCCUUGCCCUUGGUUACAAAUUCUUGGAAGAUGGAUUGUCCACAGAUCAGAUCAACAACCUAUCACGUGAAUCGGUGGAAUCCAACUUGAUCUUUGCUGGUUUCAUUGUCUUCUCAUGCCCUCUCAAGGAGGAUGCUAUUGAAGCUCUCAAGGAAUUGAACGCCUCUUCGCAUCGCUGUAUCAUGAUCACUGGUGACAACCCUCUCACUGCUUGUGCAGUUGCACGUGAAGUUGCCAUUGUGGAACGUGAUGUGCUCAUUGUGGACAAGUUGGACAACAAGGUUAUUUUCCAUUCGGUGGAUGAAUCGAUUCGUUUCGAAGUGAACCCCGAUACGCCCUUGGAUCAAAAGUUGUUGGAUCAAUACGACAUUUGCUUGACUGGUUCGGCUAUGAGUGACUUUAUGGAUAAGCCAAAUAUGAAGUUGCUUCUUGAGCACACAUGGGUUUACGCACGCGUAUCACCAUCUCAAAAGGAAUAUUUAUUGACAGGAUUGAAGGAUCUCGGAUACACUACAUUGAUGGCUGGUGAUGGUACCAAUGAUGUCGGUGCCUUGAAGCAAGCUCACAUUGGUGUUGCCCUGCUUGAUGGUACUCCCGAGGAUCUCAAGAAAAUUGCUGAACGUCAACGCAUCGACCGCUUGAAGGAUAUGUAUGAGCAACAAAAGAGAAUGGCAGCUCGCUUCAAUGCCCCUGUUCCACCACCUCCUCCUGCUAUUGCACACUUGUAUCCCGACUUUGCUCAACGUGAACAACAGCGUCAUGCCAACAUGACAGUAGCCCAACGUCGUCAAGAAGAGCAAAAGCGAAAGCUCGAGUCGAUGACUAGCAAGUUUAUGGAAGAUAUGGAUAUGGAAGAGCCCCCAACUAUCAAAUUUGGUGAUGCAUCGGUCGCUGCUCCAUUCACCUCCAAGUUGCGUAAUGUUAUGGCUGUCAACAACAUCAUUCGUCAAGGACGCUGCACACUUGUUGCCACCAUUCAAAUGUACAAGAUCCUUGCCUUGAAUUGCUUGAUUUCCGCUUAUAGUUUGUCCGUAUUGUAUCUUGAUGGUAUCAAAUUCGGUGAUUUGCAAGUGACCAUUUCGGGAAUGCUCAUGGCUGUGUGCUUCUUGUGUAUCUCUCGUGGCAAGCCCCUUCAAAAGUUAUCCAAGGAACGCCCUCAACCCAACAUUUUCAACCCAUACAUCAUCCUCUCAGUCCUCGGUCAAUUUGCUGUUCACAUUGCUGCUUUGAUCUACGUCAACUCGCUAGCUAACUACCAUGAGCCACCAAAGGAGGUGGAUCUCGAAGGAGAAUUUGAGCCAAGCUUGUUGAAUAGCGGUGUCUACCUUAUCCAACUUUCCAUGCAAGUAUCAACCUUUGCAAUCAAUUAUCAGGGCUAUCCUUUCCGUGAACGCAUUCAAGACAACAAGACUUUGUAUUAUGGAUUGAUGUCUGUGGGUGGUAUUGCUUUGGCUGGUGCUACCGAGAUGUUCCCAGAGGUGAAUGAACAACUCAAGUUGGUCAAAUUCCCUGGUGCCUUCCGUGAUAAAUUGACGCUCGUCAUGAUCCUUGAUUUUGGCAUUUCUUAUCUCAUUGAGGUGACAACAAAGAUGUUAUUUGCUGACAACCGAGCGAAGGCCAUUGCCCGUCGAGGAAGGAAGGAUUAG